AGAUAAUUUGCUUAUGCUUGGUUUGCUGCUCACAACAAAGCAGAUUUGGUUGGAAAUUCUAAUUAAUGCAGAUGAAAGUAUCAGAGAUUUGGAUGAAAUUUUACAAGUUUCGAGUGAAAUUAUUGGAUUAACGAGGACUAGAUUCUUUCCCUAUCUACAAAUCAAUGCCACUAAGGGUAUCAUUUUAGCAACCACGCUGAGGGCAAAUUACUAUUACAAACUAGGACCUAAUGAAAAUGUGAAUGAUGAUCUAAGAGCUCUCAGAUCACUCUCAAAUAAGUACAAAUACAUCCAAACAGAAUGUGUUGAUUUGAUAAAGGCACUUGAAACACUGACAUACAUGUCAUCAAAUAAUGGAAGCAUGAAUCCAUUUUCUGUGGAUGAAAUUUGUAACUUUACCUCCAAAAUUGAACCAACAUUGAAACCACAUAUUGAAGGAGGUAUUUAUGUUUAUUAUAAUGACUAUAUAGAACACCACAGACCUAUUCUGAAUGAAGUGAUGAAGGAUGAUGCUGAUCUUAUAGAUGAGCUAGUCAAUUGUCUAUUGGACCAAGACAAGAUUAAGAAAGAAGUUACUGAUCCUGUUCAAAAAAUAGAGAGCUUGCAUCAAAGAAAAUUACAACUAGUUCAAGUCUACCGAAAUAAGGCAAUCAAUAGGAAGGAUGUUUAUCAUGUGAUUGAAACAGAGCUCAUGCAAAAGCAACUCAGUUAUGAAAUGGAGUUGGAAAAGGCAAAAUUGCAACAACAGAAAUAAAUCAUGUAUAUGUAUGAGUAAUAUUGUAUUUCAACUUCAAUCAGUUUAAGAACUCUAAAAAUCUACAAUGUUGUAUAAUGACAAUAGUACUUGGAACCACCUACAAAAUUUCCCUCCAAAAAUUACAACUUUUGUGUUUACGGUUAGUUGCCGCCAAAACUUGCUUUAAAACUAAACUGGGUAACAGCCAAUCUACAAAACACAACAAAAAAAAAUCGCUCGUCCUCCAUUAUAGAGAAACUUGCAAAACACUCGUAAAUAAUAAUAAUACAAAAUGAGAGAAGUUAUUUCAAUUCACAUUGGUCAAGCUGGUGUUCAAGUCGGUAACGCCUGUUGGGAACUCUACUGUUUGGAACAUGGUAUUCAACCUGAUGGUUUGAUGCCAUCCGAUAAGACUAUUGGUGUCGAAGAUGAUGCUUUCAAUACCUUCUUCUCUGAAACUGGUGCUGGUAAGCACGUUCCAAGAGCUGUCUUCCUCGAUUUGGAACCAACUGUUGUUGAUGAAGUUCGUACCGGUACUUAUAGACAACUCUUCCACCCUGAACAAUUGAUCACUGGUAAGGAAGAUGCUGCUAACAACUAUGCUAGAGGUCACUACACUAUUGGUAAGGAAAUUGUCGAUUUGUGUUUGGACAGAAUUAGAAAGUUGGCUGACAAUUGUACUGGUUUGCAAGGUUUCCUUGUCUUCUCAUCUGUUGGUGGUGGUACUGGUUCUGGUUUGGGUGCCUUGUUGUUGGAAAGAUUGUCUGUUGACUAUGGUAAGAAGUCCAAGUUGGGUUUCACUGUUUAUCCAUCUCCUCAAGUUGCUACUGCUGUUGUUGAACCAUACAACUCUGUCUUGUCCACUCACGCCUUGUUGGAACACACUGAUGUUGCUGUCAUGUUGGACAAUGAAGCUAUCUAUGAUAUCUGUAGAAGAUCAUUGGAUAUCCAAAGACCAACCUACACUAACUUGAACAGAUUGAUUGCUCAAGUCAUCUCCUCAUUGACUGCUUCUUUGAGAUUCGAUGGUGCUUUGAACGUCGACGUUACUGAAUUCCAAACUAACUUGGUCCCAUAUCCAAGAAUUCACUUUAUGUUGUGUUCUUAUGCUCCAGUUAUUUCUGCUGAAAAGGCUUAUCACGAACAAUUGUCUGUUGCUGAAAUUACCAACUCUGCUUUCGAACCAGCCUCAAUGAUGGCUAAGUGUGAUCCAAGACACGGUAAAUACAUGGCUUGUUGUUUGAUGUACAGAGGUGAUGUCGUUCCAAAGGACGUCAAUGCUGCUGUUGCCACUAUUAAGACUAAGAGAACUAUCCAAUUCGUUGACUGGUCACCAACUGGUUUCAAGUGUGGUAUCAAUUACCAACCACCAACUGUCGUUCCAGGUGGUGAUUUGGCUAAGGUUCAAAGAGCUGUCUGUAUGAUUUCCAACUCUACUGCCAUUGCUGAAGUCUUCUCCAGAAUUGACCACAAGUUCGACUUGAUGUAUGCCAAGAGAGCUUUCGUCCAUUGGUAUGUCGGUGAAGGUAUGGAAGAAGGUGAAUUCUCUGAAGCCAGAGAAGAUUUGGCUGCCCUUGAAAAGGACUACGAAGAAGUUGGUACUGAAUCCCAAGAAGGUGAUGGUGAAGAAGGUGAAGAUGGUGGUGACCAAUAAAUCCAUUAAUCUCACUUUCAGUGCAAUAUUGUUAAUGUAAUAAUUGAACAAUCAAGCAUUGAAAUAAUAAAAAUUAAAAUUUAAAAAA